UAGCGCCGAUUGCUCCGUUUCAAACGUAUUGCCCGGUAUAUAUACAACGGAAGAUGGUAUUCAGCGGAGAUGAUUCGCUUACCAAGAGGCAGGGACUCGAAAAACCUGGGAAUCACGAAUGCUUUGUUUCAAAUGCAUCGCUCAAAUUACAACGAAAGAUGGUAUUCAGCGGAGAUGAUUCGCUUACCAAGAGGCAGGGACUCGAGGAACCUGGGAAAAACAGAAUAAUUCUGAUGAAAAAUCUGAUCCAAAUCCAUCCCGAAGAAUUUUGUAAUACGUGCCCUGGACACAGAAAUCAUGAAUAUGGCGGGUAUGGAAAUGAGCCAUUCGAAAAAGAGAAGACAAUUAUAAACCGAAAAGCCAGUCCAAAAAGUAAAAACAAUAUUAAACCGAACCACGUCCUCCUCUACACAAUAAUGAAUCCAAUAUACCCUAUCACUGUGGAAGUAUUACACACUAUCAGCGCACCCAGCGGGCAGGUUCAACGCAUCGUAAUCUUUAAGAAAAAUGGCGUGCAGGCUAUGGUUAAGUUCGACACGGUGAAAUCAGCAAUCAGAGCAAAAGAAACAUAGCAUUGUUUCAAUAAGCACGCAAACUAAUUUUGAAUAUCAAAAUAAGUAAAACACUGUUUACUUAAAAUACGUAUAUGUAUACAUUUUCUUGUUAAUACAGGUACGUAGAGAAAUAUAAAAAUUUUAAAA